UUCUGACCCAGCUGUCAUUUCGGGAAGACAGCCUUUGUUUACAUCGUGGUUGGCUCGGAAAUCAUUUUUUGGAGGAUUUUAUCGGAAUAUCGCGGCAAAAUGUCCAGCAAAAUGAAUAAGGUGCAGCUUUCCAAGGGAAUUUUACAGAUGAAAUUCAUGUCCCGGACAAAAGCAAAGUUUGAUAAAGAAACAGACGACGCGCAAGGAAGGGCGCUGUAUGCGAGUGAAAUCACCGAUAAAAUGCUACACGAUUCCGCAAACUACGUAAUCGAACCCAGUUACGUGCCGUGUGAGGAGCUGAUUGAGGGGCGUGUUAGUUUCGGCGGUAUGAAUCCGGAAAUCGAGCGAUUAAUUGAACUGGAAACCGGGGCACAAACGGCAAAACGAGAGCGUGCCGAAGCGAUCAAAAACAGUAAAAUGCAAACCGAUGUACCGGAUGCAGAGAUGGCACAGUUCUAUUCUAGCGUCAUGAAAACGGUGAACAAAAAGUACGAACCCAACCGGAAGCGGCUACAGCAUCCGUUACCGCUAAACAUCAAACGACAACAGUAGUCCUUCAAUAAACCACAUUUUGCAUUCAUCUAGCUUUAUU